AUGCCAGGCAGGGCCCAGGGCGCCAGCAGGUUGGGCUUCGAUGAGUUCGAGCGGCAGCUCAACGAGAAUAAGCAAGAGCGUGACAUGGAGAACCGGCACCGGAAGCGCGGCCACAGCUGCUCUCGAAGCCGGGACCGCGAGCGCCGCAGCCGCAGCCGGGACCGGCGCAACCGGGACCAGUGCAGCGCCUCCCGGGACAGGCGGCGCCGAAGCAAACCUUUGACCAGAGGCGCUAAAGAGGAGCACGGUGGAUUGAUUCGUUCCCCCCGCCACGAGAAGAAGAAGGUCCGUAAAUAUUGGGACGUGCCACCGCCCGGCUUCGAGCACAUCACCCCCAUGCAGUACAAGGCCAUGCAAGCUGCCGGUCAGAUUCCGGCCACCGCCCUUCUCCCCACCAUGACCACCGACGGUCUGGCUGUGACCCCGACGCCGGUGCCCGUGGGCGGUAGCCAGAUGACCAGACAGGCCCGGCGCCUCUAUGUGGGCAACAUCCCCUUCGAUAGCACUGAGGAGGCCAUGGUGGAUUUCUUCAACGCCCAGAUGCGCCUGGGGAUGCUGACGCAGGCCCCCGGCAAUCCCGUCUUGGCAGUGCAGAUUAACCAGGACAGGAACUUUGCCUUCUUAGAGUUCCGCUCAGUGGACGAGACCACGCAGGCCAUGGCCUUUGAUGGCAUCAUCUUCCAGGGCCAGUCGCUGAGGAUCCGCAGGCCUCACGACUACCAGCCCCUGCCUGGCAUGUCAAAGAACCCCUCUGUCUCUGUGCCUGGAGUCGUGUCCACCAUGGUCCCGGACUCUGCCCACAAGCUGUUCGUCAGGGGCUUACCCAACUACCUGAAUGACGACCAGGUAAAAGAGCUGCUGACAAAGUUUGGGCCUCUCAAGGCCUUCCACCUGGUUAAGGACAGUGCCACAGAGCUCUCCAAGAACUACGCCUUCUGUGAGUACGUGGACAUCAACGUCACAGAUCAGGCCAUCGCGGGGCUGAACAGGAUGCAGCUGGGGGAUACGAAGCUGUUUGUCCAGAGGGCAAGCGUGGGAGCCAAGAAUGCCACGCUGAGUACCAUCAACCAGACCCCCAUGACCUUGCAAGUGCCUGGCCUGAUGAUGAGCUCCCUGGUGCAGAUGGGUGGUCACCCGACUGAGGUUCUGUGCCUCAUGAACAUGGUCCUGCCCAAGGAGCUGCUGGACGACGAGGAGUACAAGGAGAUCGUGGAGGACGUGCGUGACGAAUGCAGCAAGUACGGGCUCGUCAAGUCCAUCGAGAUCCCCCGGCCCGUGGACGGCGUGGAGGUGCCCGGUUGUGGAAAGGUCUUCGUGGAGUUCACCUCUGUGUCUGACUGCCAGAAAGCCAUGCAGGGCCUGACGGGUCGCAAGUUCGCCAACAGAGUGGUUGUCACAAAAUACUGUGACCCCGACUCUUACCACCGCCGGGACUUCUGGUAG